AUGAACCCAUCAACACUUAAAUACACAAUCAAAAUAUCAAACUAUCCAUUCGAAAAUUCACUUAAUCACUUAGAACUAAUAAUGUCAGCAUCAAUGCAAUCAAACACAACCGACGAUAUUUGUUCUGCAAAAGAAUUUGGAGAAACUACAAAUGGUGAUAAUUCAAACUAUUUAAAGAUUCAAGUCGACAACUAUUCGUUAUAUGGUAGAUUUAUCAGAAGAGGUAUUAUCGAUUCAACAAUUAGAACAAUUUCGAAUAUUUUAUUAGAUAAAGAUAUGAAUCCAAUUACAUCAUCAAAAUCAUUACAAUCAUAUAUAGGUAUUCAAAUUCCAUACUAUAAAGAAUCAGCAAUUAUCGACCCUGAUUUUUCAAUUCUCAUCGAUUCAUACAAAGCAUCGUCAAUAUGUUCAAACAAAUCAAAAUUAAGUGGUGCUAAAUUAGCAGGUAUUAUAAUAGGUUGUGUUGCAUUUAUUGCUGUUAUUACCAUCUCUAUUAUAUAUUACAUUUUAAAGAAAAGAAAUGCUAAAAAGUUUGAAAAAAAUAUUGGUCAAAAAAUGAAACAAAUGUACAAUUAA